AUGAGUUCCGCUGUGACCAACGGCAACGGCAAGAAGAGCGCCAAGCGAAAGAGGUCCGAGCAGGCCGCCGAGGAUGCGCCUGCCGCCGCCACCGACAACAACCUGACCAAGGAGCAGAAGAAGAAGGCCAAGAAGGAGAAGAAGAAGCUCGCCCGCGAAUCCAAGAAGCGCGAGGAGACCGCCGCCGCCACCGCCACCGGCGAGGAGGAGCAGGAGGAGAAGAAGGAGAAGAAGGAGAAGCCCAAGAAGAAGAAGGCCAAGAAGGAAAAGAAGGCCAAGAAGCCUGCUGCUGCUGACGUCACCACCGCUGCUGACGUCACGCCCGCUACUACUACUAAGGCGCUGGUCAGCGAGGUGAGCCAGGCCGAGGCCGAGGCCUUCCGCGCGGAGCACAGCAUCACCGUGUCGGGUGACAAUGUGAGCGACAGCGCCGCGAGCCUGCGACCGAUCCUGAGCUUCGACCAGGCCAAGGCGAUGAUGGCCCAGCGCGUGCGGGACGAGGGCCUGGUCGGCGCGGGCGGCGAGGCCGCGGUGCAGAAGCUGACGACGGCCUUCUUUGCGUCGACCGCCGGCUUUGCCCGGCCGACGCCCAUCCAGAGCCAGUGCUGGCCCAUCCUGCUGGCCAAGCGCGACGUGGUGGGCAUCGCUGAGACGGGCUCGGGCAAGACCCUGGCCUUCCUCCUCCCCUCCCUCCUCCACAUCAAGAAGACCAUGCUCGCCGCCGGCAGCAACGGCAACAAGAACGGACGCGCUGCGGCGCCGAUCGUGCUGGUGAUGUCGCCCACGCGCGAGUUGGCCAUGCAGACGGCCGAGGUGGCCGUCGAGCUGGGCUCCGCCUGUAACGCCAAGAGCAUUUGCAUCUACGGUGGUGUCUCCAAGGACGCCCAAGUCAGGGAACUCCGCGGAGGCGUGCAGAUCGUGGUGGCCACCCCCGGCCGCCUGCUCGAUCUGGUCAAUGACGGCGCCCUGACGCUGGCCAGCGUCGACUACAUCGUGCUCGACGAAGCCGAUCGCAUGCUCGAUCUCGGAUUCGAGGAGGACAUCCGAAACGUGAUGCGUCAGGUGAAGCAGCAGAGGCAGACCCUCAUGUUCAGUGCCACGUGGCCGCAGAUCAUCCAGAAGCUCGCCAGCGAGUUCCUCGCCUCUCCGGUCAAGGUGGCCAUCGGCUCGCAGGACCUCCAGGCCUGCAAGCGCGUCAAGCAGAUUGUCGAAGUGAUGGACUCGCACGCGAGGGAUGCUAGGCUGGACCAGCUGCUGAGGCAGUACCAGAAGACCAAGGACACGAAGCUCAUCAUCUUCGUGCUCUACAAGAAGGAGGCCGUCCGUGUUGAGAGCAUGCUCGCCCGGAAAGGCUGGACCGGAAUCCAAGCGAUUCACGGCGACAAGCACCAGAACGACCGCACCAACUCGCUGCAGAGCUUCAAGACCGGCCGCAGCCCGAUCCUGAUCGCCACCGACGUGGCGGCGAGGGGCCUCGACAUCCCCGACGUCGAGUACGUCAUCAACUACUCGUUCCCGCUCACCAUCGAGGACUACGUGCACCGCAUCGGCCGCACGGGCCGCGCGGGCAAGGAGGGACUCGCGCACACGCUCUUCACCGACUUUGACAAAGCGCGGGCGGGCGAGCUGGUCAAUGUGCUGCGCGAGGCCGGGCAGGAGGUGCCUGAGAAGCUCACGCGAUUCGGCACCCACGUCAAGAAGAAGGAGCACAAGCUCUACGGCGCCCACUACAAGGACAUGUCGACCGCCUCGGGCGCGCCCGUCGCCCCCAAGCGCAUCACCUUCGACUAA